AUGUCCCCUCCGCUGUGGGCUACUCCUCCUCAGGCAGCGUUGUUGACGUCGUUCAUUCCGGAGCAUCUGGAGCGUCAGCUCGAGCAGAAGCUUCUCCGCUUCUGGCCCAAGUUAUUCACUACUUGGUUUGCGGCGUUUCCCGAGGAGCGAGUGUUGUUUCCGGACAUGAGCGCGGAUGAGCUGUUGUCCGAAGAGCAGAAAAAAGCAGUUGGCGCAGCCAUUGCAGCCCGGAAGAAGCAACUGAAAUCGUGGUACGGAAACCGGUCGGGGCAAAAGGGCCGCAAAGCCCGAGCGAAGCCGAAGGUCUCCCUCAAGCUGCUCAAACCGUCAAAGAAGCGCUCGCUGGCCGCCCACGAACUCUACAGCCAAAAGAACUACGACGAAAAGAUCAAGCCUAUCCUGCAGGCUCGGAUUGACUCCGGCGAGAUCAGCACCAAAGAACGACUCAAGUGCUCGGUGGAAUUGGCGAAGACUCUUCUUGCGCAAGAACCGGCAGAGGUGCGGGAGGAGAUUGAGGCGGAGGCGGCCAAGCUCAGGGCUGCGAGGAACGCCUUAGGAUCGGAAGGUACUAAGGACACAGAGUUUGAUCCACAUCGCGUUCAGGCGAGGACUGACAAGGAUGACCACUAUAGGGUCGUCGACGAUAUGGGGUCUAUAUUCACACAGUUCUUCGACAACAUGCAUGCGAUGACAGGUGGUAGCUGGUUCUUUUUCACUAUGGGAUGCGGUGUCAACCCCGAUGGAGGAUAUCGCUUCGAAAUCAACACACACAGCUCCGGUGUCGCUGCUGGUAACAUCUCGUUCAGCCAGGCCAACCCGGAGGCCGUCGCCGCCCUAGGAAAGGCAUUCCUUGCGUGGGUUAGGCAGGCGAUGUCUCCGCAGAUCUACGCGCACAUCAAUCGUGCGUUGAAUCGCAGUAGUCCCGACAGCGAUGAUGGCGGCGAGGGUGUUGGCAAGGACGGCGGCGAGGGCGGCGAAGGCGAGGACAAGGGCGAAGGCGAGGACGGCAAGGACAAGGACGAGGGCAGCAAAGACGCGGACAAGACCAAGGGCGAAGAUGACGAGGACAAGGACAAGGACGAGGACGAGGACGAGGGCGGGGGCGAGGGCAAGGGCGGGGGCGAGGGCGAGGGCGAGGGUGGGGGCGAAGUUGGCGAAGAUUGUCACGACAAAAGGCAUGAGGCGAGCGACGUGCUCGACCAUGCUGGAGCCGUGGCUGGGGAAAUCAACGCAGAUGCGUUGUCUAGCCACGAUGGAAUGGGUGAUGGACAGUGGGCGAGUGACACCGGAGAGACGGGCGCCGUGGCAGCUUCUCCUACAUUGCUCGCUGUGCCAAACGCCCUUCUACCUGGACCGACAAUUGACUUUACGAAGACCUCGGCUGAGGUAACACCUCCCGUGGCUCAGUCGACGUUCGACUUCACAGCGUCGGAUUUCAUGGAAACAAGCCCGAUCAUGAACCCACUGUACCCUGAUCCUACCACGUUUGUCGGCGACCCCGGCUACUUCUCCACCGCCCUUGUGGACGCUGUGACGCCCGAUGCUGCGUAUGGCGGCUACAUGGGUGCGGGCUUCACGCCGGGUCUGGGCGGCAUGGCGGCGAUGCAAGGAGGGUAUGAUUAUCCGCUGCCCGCUGCAGGGGGCAUGUACGCCGACAGUUCGUUCUAUGGGUCAUAUCACCCGGGUAACAUUCUGAACCCUGCUGCGACGUCAUUCAACGGCCAUCCGCCAGCUCUCUGGUUCAACAACCCAUACAAUCUUCCGCCUGCAUAUCCGAUGCCUGGCCUCGGGACCGCAGUGCAUAUGGCUACUUCGAACAUUCCCUCCAUGACUGCCGUACCGCGCGCGCACGCCGCACUGCCCCCAGUUAGCUCUUCCUUUGCUCCUACCUUCGCUCUUGCGACCGCAGCCAUGCCGUCGACCCCUGCCGCUGCGGCCGUGCCGUCGACCCCUGCGACGCCUCCUUCUACAGCUACCGCUCCCACUGCGCCCGCUGCCCUCGCCGCUCCUAUUCAAUCUGUAUCCGUCGCCGACCACCCCGUACAGGCAGAUACAGUUCUACAGGACACUACAUCAAAGGUAAACAACGCUCCGUCCCUGCCUGCUACUCAGGGAGCAAGUGCUAUCUCCCAGCAGCAACCGGUGCCUACCACCAACGAUGGGCCAGUGCCGGUGGCAGUUCCUGACGGUGGAGCCAUACCGACUACGCGUCCUCAACGCCAACACCGCCUGCCCGACCGAUUCCGUGACUCUGUCGACGGGGCGCCUGUGGGCAAGAAGGAGAACAUGUCGCUUGACAAGGAGAACCCGUCGUCGAAGGGCACUGGUGCGAAGACGAAGAAGAGGAACGCCGGCGAUGCCGAUGCUGGCGCGAACGUCCCCAAGAAGAAGCACCGCGGCAAGUAA